AUGCCACUCGCUGGUCUCGGAGAUUCGGUCGAUCCUUGGAAACGAGUGUCGCUGCAAACCGAACCUAACAAUCUAGUUAGCAACAACGCCAUGGUUGUAGGUACAUCAAAGUCAAUGCCAAUACCAUUUAAUCAAUCCAAUCCCUCAAGUCUGCAUAACAAUAUAAGUAUAGGACCGGAUAAAGAUGAUGAAAUCAUUGAUGAAUUAGAUGAUGAUCAGGAUGAAAACCAAAACGAUUCUGAUGAGAACAGUGGUCAUGAAAUUGAACUAAAAGAACUUAUAAAAGAGGGACAUGAAAGGGCCGAACGAUCUCAGUUUGAAUUGUUAAAAGUUCUUGGACAAGGAUCAUUUGGAAAAGUAUUUUUGGUUCGAAAAAUUGUUGGACCAGAUAAUGGUACACUCUAUGCAAUGAAAGUAUUAAAAAAAGCAACUCUAAAAGUGAGGGAUAGAAUAAGAACAAAAAUGGAGCGUAAUAUAUUAGUUGAUGUCCGACAUCCAUUCAUUGUGCGGUUACACUAUGCGUUUCAGACUGAAGGUAAACUUUACCUCAUUUUGGAUUUUUUACGUGGUGGAGAUCUAUUUACAAGGCUUUCUAAAGAGGUUAUGUUUACCGAAGAAGAUGUUAAGUUUUAUUUAGCAGAAUUAGCAUUAGCUCUUGAUCAUAUACAUAGCCUAGGAAUUAUUUACAGAGAUUUAAAACCUGAAAACAUAUUGUUAGAUGCUGAUGGUCAUAUAUCCUUGACUGAUUUUGGUCUAAGCAAGUUACCUUUAGAUGAUCAAAAAGCUUAUUCAUUUUGUGGAACCGUUGAAUAUAUGGCCCCCGAAGUAGUAAAUCGAAAAGGUCAUUCGUUUGUAGCUGAUUGGUGGUCAUUUGGAGUGUUGAUGUAUGAAAUGUUAACUGGAUCUUUGCCUUUCCAAGGCGCUAAUCGUAAAGAAACAAUGUCACAGAUAUUGCGCGCCAAACUUGGUAUGCCACAGUUCUUGUCGAAUGAAGCUCAAGCUCUAUUACGUGUACUUUUCAAAAGAAAUCCUAGUAAUCGUUUAGGAGCUUCUGGCAUUCAGGAACUGAAAGAUCAUGCAUUUUUCGCAUCUAUAAAUUGGGACAACCUAUACCAUAAAACAAUCCAUCCACCGUUUAAACCAGCUGUUAGUAGAGCUGAUGAUGCAUUUUAUUUCGAUAGUGAAUUUACUUCUAAAACUCCCAAAGACUCUCCAUGUGUUCCACCAAGUGCUAAUGCCCAUGAGCUAUUUCGAGGAUUCAGUUUUGUUGCUCCUUGUUUAAUCGGUGAGGAGGACAUACUAAAUCUCCAACAACCAUCCACAAUACCCACUAAAGCUACCGAACCUUAUUCAAAGUUACCUUAUGCUAAAAGAAAUGCAGCUGAUGAAUAUGAAUUCAAACAUGAAAUUGGCCGUGGUAGUUACUCUUCAUGCAAAUUAUGUGUUCAUAAAACUACUCGUAUUGAGUAUGCAGUUAAGAUAAUUGACAAAUCGAAAAAAGACUGCCAAGAAGAAGUUGAAAUUCUUCUACGUUAUGGUCAUCACAAUAAUAUAGUUACAUUAAGAGACGUUUAUGAAGAUGAUAAGUCUGUGUAUUUAGUGAUGGAGUAUAUGAGAGGUGGAGAGUUACUUGACAGACUUCAUAAGUUGAAAUACUUUUCGGAAAGAGAAGCUAGUGCCAUAAUGCAAGUUGUAACUUCAACUUUAUGUUAUUUACAUAAAAGUGGAGUUGUGCAUAGAGAUCUAAAACCAUCAAACAUUCUUUAUGCUACUGAAAGUGCAUCGCCUGAGGCUUUGAGAAUAUGUGAUUUUGGUUUUGCCAAACAACUGCGUGCAGAUAAUGGACUUUUGAUGACCCCUUGUUAUACUGCAAACUUUGUAGCUCCCGAAGUUUUGAAAAGACAAGGUUAUGAUGCUGCUUGUGAUAUUUGGUCCUUGGGUGUACUUUUGUUUACAUUACUAGCUGGACAUACUCCAUUUGCUAAUGGACCUGAAGACACGCCAACUGAAAUUCUAAAUCGCAUUGGCAACAGUAAUCUAGAUUUAAAGUCUGGCAACUGGACAGUAGUGUCUGCUGAAGCUAAGGAUUUGGUAAAAAAGUUGUUACAUAUAGAUCCUCACCAAAGGCCAACAGCUUGUCAGGUUUUAUUAAGUCCGUGGAUAAUGAAUCGAGAUAAAUUACCAACGCAUCAGAUACAAUUGCAGGAAUCGUACAAGAUAAAGGGGGCAAUGGAAGCAACUUACCGAGCAGUUAGUCAGUCACCACCAACCCCUAAUUUAGGACCAGUAGUUUUAAGUCAGCUGGCUCAAAGACGACACAAGUCACGUACUAAAUGA